UCCGUAUCGUCUCCAUCCCCUCGCAUUCCCUCUGCUCUCUUUUUGUCGUCCGUGCAUCCGCCUUUACGGAAUGGGAAUUUGCGUUCUUUGCUGAUUACUACACAUAUCUCCAGCCCAUUCCGAUUACAUUUCCUCCGCAAACAAAUAUCUCAGAAACAUUCCAACCAUGUCGACCAGAGUCCAGAAGGUGAUGGUCAACCCCAUCAACGUCAUUUUCAAGUUCCUGCAGACCAAGGAGCGCGUCCAGAUCUGGCUGUUUGAGCAGAAGACGCUGCGGCUCGAGGGCCGCAUUCUGGGCUUCGACGAGUUCAUGAAUGAAUUGCACACCAAGAAGGACACCAGAAAGCCGCUGGGCCGGGUAAUGCUCAAGGGCGACAACAUCACACUGAUCCGCCAGGCAACCGUUUGAGUAUAGCGAAUAAAAAAGUUUAUUUACUGGC